UGUAUGUAGCCUGAGCCGUUUUCUUCUGUUGACCAUAGACAGGUUUUAUGGACGUCAGUUGUACGACUAGUAUUCAGUGGGGCAAUUGACUUGCAUUUGCAAUAUGAAGAAUGGAAGAAGACGAUGUUACUAUCAGAGAGCAGAAUUUCCACAGCCAAGUUCGAGAGUACAUUAUUUGUUUCCUACUGUUUGCAGCACUCUACAUUGUGUCGUACUGCAUCAUCACCAGGUACAAGAGGAAAACAGAUGACCAGGAGGACGAAGACGCCAUUGUCAACAGAAUAUCACUGUACCUGUGCACCUUCACCCUGGCCAUGUCGGGUGGGGCUGUUCUCCUCCUGCCUUUCUCUAUCAUUAGCAAUGAGAUCCUGCUCUCCUUCCCCAAAAACUACUACAUUCAGUGGCUCAAUGGCUCCCUCAUCCAUGGCCUGUGGAAUCUGGUAUCGCUCUUCUCCAAUCUCUGCCUCUUCGUCCUGAUGCCGUUUGCCUAUUUCUUCCUGGAGUCUGAGGGAUUUGCUGGAUCAAAAAAGGGCAUUAAGUCACGGGUUCUAGAGACCUUUGUGAUGCUCUUCCUCCUCGGACUGCUCAUCCUAGGAAUAGUCUGGGUGGCGUCCGCGCUCAUCGACAAUGACGCAGCCAGUAUGGAGUCACUCUAUGAUCUCUGGGAGUUCUACUUACCAUACCUCUACUCCUGUAUAUCUCUGAUGGGGGGACUGCUCCUCCUGAUGUGUACUCCUGUGGGCCUGUCCAGAAUGUUCACAGUCAUGGGCCAGUUACUAGUCAAACCAACCAUCCUGGAGGACCUGGAUGAGCAGAUUUACUGCGUUACUUUGCAAGAGGAAGCCCUUCAGAGGAGAUUGAACGGGUCGACAUCUCACUCUCAUUCCCAAGGAAGUGCUCAUCGACUCAACAAAGAAUUGGACAUCGUCCGAGAUCAGAGGAAUAAACUGGAGAGGAGGAAGAAAGCCUCUGCAUGGGAAAAGAACCUGCUCUACCCCAUUGUGAUGUUAAUACUACUCACAGGGACGACCAUCUCAGUCCUACUGGUGGCGCUGAAUAUCCUCUAUCUGCUGGUGGAUGAGACUGCCAUGCCAAAGGGAUCAGAGGAUCGGGGGCUUGGGAACACCUCGCUGUCCACGUUCGGACUGGUCCAGGCUGUCGUCGACAUCAUCCUCAUGUUCUACUUGAUGGUGUCCUCAGUUGUCGGCUUCUACAGCUUGCGAGUGUUUGAAGGCCUCACUCCCAGGAAAGACGACACGACCAUGACAACGAUCAUUGGUUGCUGUGUGUCUAUCCUGGUGCUGAGUUCAGCCCUGCCAGUCAUGUCCAGAACACUUGGUAUCACCAGGUUUGACCUUCUCGGAGACUUCGGGAGAUUCAAUUGGCUGGGAAACUUCUAUAUCGUCCUAUCGUACAACUUGCUGUUUGCCGUGGUAACUACUCUCUGCCUAGUCCGGAAGUUUACCUCAGCGGUCCGAGAGGAACUCUUGAAAGCAUUAGGUGCCUGUGUAUUACCACUUCUUUGCCGGUACAUUUAGUACCCGUUCACCACAGUGACCACACCGGAGCUCCAUUCACACAGAAAGAAUGGGGAGGCACUGUGGAGGCGUGACUAGCCAAGCCUUCCAUCUUUCUGGUUGUCGCAGGCCAGUUGUGAAUGUGUAACAAUGUGCUCUUUUUUUAUUUCCCUUUACUCGUAGUCUGUCGGCCUACUGUGCUUUAAUUUCAUAAAAGCUGUAGUUAAUUAUUUUGUCUUGAUUUAAUGAAUGUUGUUUUCGGUGCUGUCGAUUUCGAUCACUCUAGAGAUGGGAAGAAUUAUGUAUUUUUUGGGGGUCCCAAAGAGCAAAGAUCGCAGCUUUCAGAGUUUGAUCCUGUGGGUGAAUGUCCUAAAAAGGUUGUGCGUUGGUAAUCUUGAUCUCGAUCUCCCCAAAUAACUAUUAAGCUAUUUUAAAAUGUUAUUAUUUCACCUGGCAUGAAGCUUUGUUGAACUUCUUCCUAUGGUAAAUGUUGUAUUUGUACAUACCAUUUAUGUUUCAUUACCUCUUGCAUUAUUUGGAUGUAAAUAGUUGUCUGCCGUUAAGCCUCAAGUAUUUGUUGUAAAUAAGUCUACAGAAGCUCUUUUUGGACUGUGACCCUACUUGUCACUAGAAGCACCUUUUUAUGCCUUAGCUAGGAGGAGGAAUUCACCACAGUCUUUAUAGGAGGCUCCUAUUUGUGUGUGUGCUCACGUGUAGGUAUGUUUUUUGUUUUUUUAAGACAACUUUACUGUGAACACCUUGUCUCUGGAUUUCAAUUGCAAACCAGUUUGAACUUCUUCAUUGUCCUUUGCGGUGAAUGUAGUAUAUAAUCUCCCCUUAACUCAAAUAGCCAUAGUGGGCUUCCAAAAAUAUGAAUUACCAGAUAACCUGAGCACUUGUGAAAAGGGAAGGUGAUGGGCCCCAAUAAUUAAUGUGUCAUAGACUGUUUUUAUGAUGUGUUUGAUGUGUUUUCAUUGUGACUUGUCAUGAUGCAAAUGGCAGGAGAUGCGAUUAACAUAUUUUAUUCCAAUAUGCAUUUGAGACUUUUUUACAGGGACUGUUUUAUUUUAAAAAAGGAAUGUAUAUUAUACAGUAAUAGUUUGGAUGAAAUGUAAAAGUAAGGAAAGCAGUAGCUAUUGUCUGUCACAAGACUCACCUUAGAUUCUGGAGUUCGCAGUGCCAAGCCUUGUACUGUGUUCUGGCCCUCAUUAAAAUGCAAGAUUAUGAGUGAUCCAAUUUCACAUCUCAGGUUGAUUUGGUAAUGCUGAUGAUAAAUGAUACUGUGAAAAUCCAGAAUUGAGAAAAAAAAUCACUAACCAAAACCCAUUACUACUGUGGCUAAUAAUGUCUGUUUUGUGUUUCCUUGAUGACUGUGACCCCCUUUGUGCUCCUCUCACCCUCAACUAUCAGUUUUAUUAAUUUAAUAAAUAUAUAUUUUUAUUGCUAUUUCAGACAAUGUUUAUGCUGCAUGUAUUAUUGGUUGAAGAAGUACACCAGUGAUCACAAUCUGACUUUUCCAUUUAGUUUCUGUGGAGGACACAGUCGAGGCCCGUUCCAACCUAAGGGAAGACUUUUGAUUUGCCUUGCAGUUUUUUUUCCACUCGCAGAGGGUUUGAAAUAUUGAGGGGUGGCCUGUACUGUCGGUGGAGUAGCUGGUAGUUUUGUCUGUCUGUUUGAUUUUCUGUGUCUGCAUGUAAUUUCCUGCCCAUUUAUGUGAAUGUAUAUAUUUUUUUUACCUUGUUCUUUUCUGAGUUGCUAUAUAUGUAUGCGUGUUGUUGUUUUACGAUGUUGGUUUGUUUGCAAAUAAAACAAUGUAAAUCA